GACGCAUCCUAUAUAUGUAUAUAAACUCCCCCACUUCAACAAUCUCACUCCCUUCUCCCUUCAAUUCAAAACCCUCAAACCUUCGAUUUUUCUCUGCAAAAACCCUCAUUUCUAUUCUCAAUAUCUGCUUCAAUCACCUCCUUUUCUUCGAUCCGGAUCAAUCAGUUCUUUUUUCAAGUUAGUGGUAAUCAUGUCGUUGCGGCCAAGCGCGAGGACCGAGGUCCGCAGGAAUAGGUAUAAGGUCGCCGUCGAUGCUGAAGAGGGUCGCCGAAGGCGAGAAGAUAAUAUGGUGGAAAUCCGGAAGAAUCGUCGGGAGGAAAGCUUGCAGAAGAAGAGGCGUGAAGGCCUCCAAGCCCAACCCGUGCCAGCUGCAAUUCAUUCCUCGGCUGUCGAGAAGAAGUUGGAGCAUCUACCUUCCAUGGUUGCUGGUGUCUGGUCUGAAGAUAGCAAUUUGCAGCUUGAGGCGACCACUCAAUUCAGGAAGUUGCUCUCAAUUGAACGUAGCCCUCCAAUUGAGGAAGUCAUACAGGCUGGUGUUGUUCCUCGCUUUGUUGAGUUCCUUAUGAGGGAGGACUUUCCUCAGCUUCAGUUUGAAGCAGCUUGGGCUCUCACAAACAUUGCUUCAGGGACAUCUGAAAAUACUAGGGUGGUAAUUGAUCAUGGAGCUGUUCCCAUAUUUGUAAAGCUUCUGGGUUCUCCAAGUGAUGAUGUUCGCGAACAGGCUGUGUGGGCGUUGGGAAAUGUUGCUGGAGAUUCACCUAAAUGUCGUGAUCUUGUUCUUGGCCAUGGAGCUUUGAUUCCUUUGCUUGCUCAGUUGAAUGAGCACGCUAAACUUUCUAUGCUUAGGAAUGCUACAUGGACACUCUCAAACUUCUGUCGAGGCAAGCCACAGCCACCUUUUGACCAGGUCAAGCCUGCUCUUCCAGCUCUUGCACAUUUAAUUCACUCUAAUGAUGAGGAAGUCUUGACUGAUGCAUGUUGGGCCCUCUCGUAUCUUUCUGAUGGUACCAACGAUAAAAUUCAAGCUGUUAUUGAAGCAGGAGUAUGCCCUCGGCUAGUUGAGCUUUUACUGCACCCAUCUCCCUCCGUUCUCAUUCCUGCACUUCGCACUGUUGGGAAUAUUGUCACUGGUGAUGAUAUGCAGACCCAGUGUAUCAUCAAUCAUCAAGCACUGCCGUGCCUUCUGAAUUUGCUGACAAAUAACUAUAAAAAGAGUAUCAAGAAGGAAGCUUGUUGGACCAUAUCUAAUAUCACCGCUGGCAACAAAGAGCAGAUUCAGGCUGUCAUUGAGGCUAAUAUCAUUGGUCCAUUGGUUCAUCUACUUCAAAAUGCGGAAUUUGACAUUAAAAAGGAGGCUGCAUGGGCCAUCUCAAAUGCAACAUCUGGUGGUACUCAUGAUCAAAUCAAGUACCUUGUUAGCCAGGGUUGCAUCAAGCCCUUGUGUGACCUUCUCAUAUGUCCUGAUCCAAGGAUAGUGACAGUCUGCUUAGAAGGUCUUGAAAACAUCUUGAAGGUAGGAGAAGCUGACAAGAAUUUAGGCAACACUGGAGACGUAAAUCAAUAUGCACAAAUGAUUGAUGAUGCCGAGGGGUUGGAGAAAAUUGAAAAUCUACAGUCACAUGAUAACACAGAGAUUUAUGAGAAGGCUGUGAAGAUCCUUGAGACAUAUUGGCUUGAGGAGGAGGAUGAGACAAUGCCGCCAGGAGAUGCUUCCCAGUCUGGGUUCCAGUUUGGCGGGAGUGAGAUGCCUGCUGUUCCAUCUGGUGGAUUUAAUUUUAGCUAAAUGAGUUCACUGGUUCGGUAUUGGAGUUGCAAAAUGGGGUGGGACAGUUGUCAGCUUCAGGUCGGGUGUCUUGGUGUCAUGUAUGGGUCUACUGUCCAGUUUUAACGUGUCGUUGAAAGGCUCUACUGGACAGGUUUUCAGCUCUUCAGUAUGGCGAGAUUAAUACUGGGGUGGGAAGACAAAAAUGGAUAAGAGUCGCAGGAUGAAUGCAGGUUUUCACUACUAUGGCCUGAGAAAAUCGUGGUUAUUUUUCAUUUUUUGGUUGGGUUGGUGGGGUGGGGGGUGGGGUUGUCUUGGAGGGUGGGCUAUCACAUAAACAAACAGACAAUGAGUCUUUUUGAAUGCAUUUGUUGUCAUAGUAGUUUUGGUAGUGUCUUCCUGCAUUGCCUUCCUACACUUUGUCGAUUUUGGCACUCCCAAAAUCCACUGUGGCGUGCUUGUACUUGCUAAGAGUAUUGGAAAUUUGGAAUUUUAUAUAAUAUUUUUUGAUGUCUCAGCUGCAAUGAUUCUCAUUGUAACAGUUGACAUAUUGCUUGAAGAUUGCAAAAUUGUGGAUUUAUAGGGUGUACAAGCUGUAGUGAUUUCAUUGGAACGUGUCGUGAACUCUAUAUAUUGAAGGGAAAGUUUUUAUUUUAUUCUAAAGUCGAAAAUUCUUAGUUCAA